AUGUCGAAGUCAUAUGCAGUAAUUGUUGGUGAUAUCGGCGGUACUAAUGCAAGAUUACAAUUACUAUGGUACAGUCGUGAUCCACAUGUCUUAAUACCAUCCAUUGUAAAUGUAACUCGACAAACUUAUCGAACAAAUACAUUUACCGGUCUUACUGCAAUAUUACAACGUUUUCUAAAUGAUAUACAAAAUGAACAACAUCAAGAAGAUGUUUUUAAUGCUAUAAAAAAUAAGAAAAUUCAAGUAGUUUUAGCUGUAUGUGGUCCUAUUUGGAAUAAUCGUCGAACCAAUGAUACAAAUAAUGUACGUAUGGAACCUGAUGGUUCUAGAUGGCCGCUACAACAAGCAGAUAUAAUUGAGAAUGAUCUUAAACUUAAUCGAAAUUCUUUAGUAUUUUUAAAUGAUUUUGAAGCUAUUGGUUAUUGUCUUGCUGCACAAGUUGACUCUCAAGCAAAUGAACUAUGUAAAUGCACUGAAGCUUAUACACUUCAUCAAGUUUCUCUUGAAAAUAAUUCUGAUACAAAUACACCAAUAGCUUGUUUGGGUGCAGGUACUGGUCUUGGUGCAUGUUUUCUUUUACCGGAUGGUUCAGGUCGAUAUCAAGUUUAUCCAUCAGAAGCAGGUAUGACUGAUACAUUUAGUCCACGAUCAGAAGAAGAAUGGUUAUUAGUUAAUUAUUUACGUCGUAAUCAAUCAUUUAUUGAAAUUGAACAACUUGUAUCAGGUCCAGCAUUUGUUACAAUGUUACAAUUUUAUUCUGAAUAUUUAAAUCAAUCUUUAACAUCAAAACUUAAUCAUGAUCUUCAACAAGUUUCACAAGAUGAUGCUCCUGUAGUUAUUUCUCAACAUGCUCGUGAUUAUAAUGAUUCAUUAUGUCUUCGAGUUGUUGAUACAUUUCUUGAUAUCUUUGGUCGAGUAUUAGGUACAGCAGCACAAACAUUUUUACCUUAUCGUGGUUUAUAUAUAACUGGUGGUAUUUUACCUAAACUUGCAUGGCGAUGGCAAAAUAAUUUCAAAAAUCUUUUACUUAAAUCUUACUUAGAUCAAGGACCAAAAAUGAGUGAAAUAGUUGCUCGUGUUCCACUUUUUUUAAUUAAUGAUGAUGAUUUGGCUAUUGCUAUUACGAAUGCAAAUGGUCAACAUUUGAUCAAAUUUAAUGAAGAAACUUUAAAUAAAUUACGAUUAACACCUUCACUUCUCUCAACAUCGGUGUCUUACAUUGAUUUUGAAAUAUUAAAUGAACGUCAAUGUGCUAUUGAAUGUGUUAAAGAUCAAUCAAUAUGUACAGGUUUUUCCUAUGAUGCAACAAAUAAAAUGUGUUCUUUAUUUGAUGAUUUAACUAAAAUUGUUGAUAACGAUAUAACUACUUUAAGACAAGAACUUAAACCAAAUGUUUGUGACAACGUUAAAUGUAAACCAGAUGCCAUAUGUAUUAGUUAUAAUCGUGAAGGAAAACAAGUACCAAGUUGUGUUUGUUUAAAUGGACAACCAACACCGGACGAUUGUGAUAAAAUAGAAAUUGGUAUAUGGACUGAUUAUAAUGAUUGGUCGGGAUGUAGUGUAACAUGUGGUGAAGGUUAUCAAUUUCGUAAACGUGAAUGUUUAUCAUCUAAUGAUAAAACUCAAAAGAUUCCAAGUGAUAAUUGUAUUGGUACAAAUAUUGAAAUACAACCAUGCAAUGUAACAACUUGUCCAACCUAUGGUCCAUGGACACCAUGGACACCAUGUUCAAAAUUUUGUGGUAUUGGUAUAAAACAACGUAAUCGUUCAUGUACUCCACCUGGUUCAAAUUGUGGGAAUUAUACACAUGAACAAAGAGCCUGUGGUGUUGCCAAUUGCCAACGUGUUGCUGGUAUUAAAGAAACUGAAUCAGAUCAAUAUCCAUUAAAAGGUUAUUUAGCUAUUCGAGAAGGUGAUAUUUUAUGUGUACCACAAAAUAAUACUGAAAUAGCAAAGUAUAUGGCUGAUUUAGUUUGCAAAUCAAUCGGUCUUGCGCGUGGUGCACAAUAUGCUAUUUUAAAUCCUAUUCGAUAUAAUUCUACUUGUUAUCCUGGUAUAUUAUGUGAUGGAACUGAAAAAGAUUUUUAUGAAUGUAAAUAUGAUCGAACACAAACAUCAAAUAAUGCUAGUGAUUUAUUUGCUAUUAUUGCAAGAUGUAUAGUCGAUGGUGGUUUUUCACCAUGGUCUGAUUGGUCACCAUGUUCAAAAACUUGUGAUACUGGUCAAACAAAACGUUUUCGAACUUGUACUGAUCCAUCACCAUCAAUACCUGAACCUCAAACUAUUAUUGAUAAUUUUCCAUUAGCUGGAAUGAAUUGUACUGGUGAUUAUACACAAGUUAAAACUUGUAAUGAACAAUCAUGUUAA